AUGAAGUUCUCCACACUCUUUACCCUUACCAGCACUGCUGCGCUCACCCUGGCGGCUCCUACCACCCCGGCUUCUGUCCUCUCCAAGCGCGCCGACUUUUGCGGCCAGUGGGACAAUGAGGUCCAGGGCUCAUACACCAUCUACAACAACCUGUGGGGUGAAGCCCAGGCUACCUCUGGUAGCCAGUGCACUGGCGUCGAUGGCCUCAGCGGCAGCACGCUCAAGUGGCACACCAAGUGGACUUGGGCUGGCGGUGCUGGACACGUCAAGUCCUACGCCAACGUCGUGACAAAGAUCAGCCAAAAGGCCCUCUCUUCCAUCUCCUCGCUCCCCUCGACCUGGACCUGGACCUACACUGGCUCGAACAUCAUUGCCAACGUUGCGUACGACCUAUUCACCGGCUCCACCGCCACCGGCUCUGCCGAGUACGAGAUCAUGAUCUGGCUGUCCGCUCUUGGCGGCGCAGGUCCCAUCUCCUCUACCGGCAGCGCUAUUGCGACCGUCACCAUUGCCGGCAACCAGUUCAAGCUGUGGAAGGGUCCUAACGGGCAGAUGACUGUCUUCUCUUUCGUAGCUGUCAGCGCCAUCAACAGUUUCAACGGCGACCUGAACGACUUUCUCACUUACCUGCGUAGCAGCCAGGGUCUUCCCAGCUCUCAGAUCCUUCAGUCAGCCGGUGCUGGUACCGAGCCGUUCAGCGGCUCUAACGCGGUACUCACUACGACUGCCUACUCUCUUUCCGAGAGCUGA